AUGGAGAUUAUGGUCUUCACAAAUUGGCACACAAGCCUUCUGCAUUUGCAAGCGGAAGCGCAUUUCCAUUUUGGAAACAAUGGAUCUAUAAAUGUGUGCGUAUACAUUCUCCAUGGGAUGCUAACACCAAAAGAACUAGGGGGGACAAAUGGCUCUCAGCACGAAAUAGAUAUCUCAGAUGAAGAAGAAUUCAUUAGCCGGCCUAGCUUACUACAUCGGCUAGGUUGGAUCUUGCUACGGUUUUUAGUACCCGAUAUCAAGAAUUUGCAUGACAAAAAGUUGGUCAAUGAUGAAGCAAGUAACCUCCUUGGUUGCAUUUUUAAGGAAAUAAGAGGCAUGAGUGACUUAGAGCUUCAAAGAAUGGAAAUUGAUAAGGUGGUGCACAAUGCCAUUAAGCAUGGGAUAGUUGAGUUCGUCGAUGAACUACUAACAUACAAUCCAGACUUCAUAUGGAGGAAAGACAAAAGAGGAAGAACAAUCUUUUCACAUGCAAUUAUUCUUCGCCAAGAAAAAAUAUUCAGUCUUUUCUAUAGAUUGAGACCAAAGAAGAGCAUAGUGGCGAGUCGACACGAUAUAUUUCAUAACAAUUUUCUACAUCUCGCAGCUAAACUCUCUCCUCCGGCGCAACUUGAUCGUAUUUCGGGAGCGGCCUUACAAAUGCAGAGGGAACUUCAGUGGUAUAAGGAGGUGGAAAGUUUAGUACAACCUAAAUACAAAGAUCAAGUGAAUGAAAGCCAUAGAAAGCCCGACUCUUUAUUCAGUCAUGAACACAAGGAGCUUGCAAAAGAAGGCGAAAAAUGGAUGAAGAACACUGUUGGAUCAAGUAUGAUCGUAGGAACUCUUAUUGCUGCAGUCAUGUUCACAACUGCCUUCACUAUGCCUGGCGGGAAUGAGGCCCAAUCUGGCCUACCCAUAAUGUUAAACACUGACAGAAACACAUUCUUGAUAUUUAUGAUAUCAAAUGGACUUUCUCUCUUUGCAUCAUCAACUUCCGUGUUGAUGUUCUUAGGAAUUCUCACUGCACGAUACGCAGAGGAUGAUUUUCUUGUUUCCUUGCCCACCAAAUUGAUCUUUGGAAUUGCGUGCCUUUUUGUUUCUAUCGUUACCAUGAUAAUAUCAUUUGCUGCUGCAAUGUAUCUUAUGCUACAUAAAAUGUUAUCCUGGGUCUCCAUACCUCUUAUUAUACUAUCUACUCUCCCGGUUGUUCUUUUCUCUGCACUUCAGUUUCCUCUCCUAAUUGAAAUGGUUAUUCGCACAUAUGGUUCGACAAUUUUUGACAAACAUAAAAAACAUGCCUCUUUUGUAAAGAAACCUUUGCAAACCUCCCACUACAAAAAAGAGGGCUUUCAGUGACAAAUAUCCCUCGGUGUAGGUGGAGCGAUCCGACAGUGAAGGUUUAUCGUGAAACAUGGCGUGAAUAAAGAAUUUACGGACUAGGUGUGUUUACCAAAACGAUCCUCAACGGAAGCUUCAGUAACGAAUAGGUACCUCGUUGUCAGAACCAAGGCUUGUUUCACUGAAGGAUCACGAUGGUAAGUUAAUAAUGGUCUCGAUCAUGAUGGUAGUGUGUGUUUGCUCAUGAUAGUAUUUGUCCAUUGUAAUCCCAUGAUUAUUAAUUAUUCUUUAAUAUAAAUUCUUGAUCAUUUUGAAUAAAC